AUGAGUUGGUAUUUUAAUCCUCUGUUAUCGGUUGAUCCUAGGCCCAGAUCAGAUCAUCACAAUCUGGGAGUCGCCAUAAUGAUGGGAAAGCCACGAUGUGGUAAAUCUUCGAUCAUAGAGUGCGUGUUCCAAGGAAAGAAACCUCAUGAAACAGCAUUCCUUCAAAGCACCACCAGUCCAGAGCUCUCGAACCUCUCUUCUUUGAUCAACCUCUCUUCUUUGAUCAACCUUUCCCUUUUGGAAAUCCCAGGGCAAUUCGAAAUGUUCGUUGAUGAUCAUGACAGGUUCAAUCUUCACCAUUUGUUUUCCCAGGCAAGAUCUUUAUUAUACAUCAUGGAUAUCAGUGUGGGAGAUUAUUAUGAUCUGGCCGGAGACUUAUCAAAAGUGGUCAGGUUUGUCAAUCACCAAUAUCCAAAUGUCAAAAUUAAUGUAUUGAUUCAUAAAGUCGAUACGUUACCGUUUGAAUCACACGAAAAUAUAAGAUACUCCAUGAAAACCUUGACCGCUUGUAUGUUAUACGAAACCGGGUUGGAAAAACUCGAGAAUAUUGGGUUCUACGAAACUUCGAUUUAUGAUCUGUCAGUUCACCACGCGUUAUCAGAAAUAUUCUCUUCUUUGGUGCCGGAAUUACCUCAACUACAAUGCCUAUUGAAUAAUUUUGUCAUCAAAUCAAAACUCGAUAAAGUCAUACUUUGCGAUUUGAAAUCCAAAUUAUAUUUUGCCACUGAUUCGUCGUCCGUGGAUGAACGAAUAUACCGUAUUGCCUCGGAAUUUAUGGAUGUGGUAAUUGAUUUAGAUUACUUAAUUUGCUCUAAUUCUAUGGAAAUCACUAAAAGUUUGGACGAAAAUAUCGCCAGCAUCAAUUCCUAUCUUGGCUUUGAAGAAGAAACGACUUCAGAAGGUAUCAAAAGAAGGGAAAGGUUAAGAAGUACUUCCAAAUUUUACCCCAAUAUUCAGCUACACUUAAAUGAGGUAGCUUGUGAGUUAUGCUUAGUGGGAUUUGUAUCCAAUAUUGAUGAUCUGCUUGACCAAGGAAAAUUCAAUGCUAUUUUGGAUUACAAUGCUUCCAUUAUAAGAAAUGGUCUUCGCAAAAUAUUUAAUCAAAGAAAUCACAAAGUAUGA